AUGAUCGGGGACAAAGUUUUUGAGUCAUGUGAGUCGCCAGUCAGAGUCCGCAUCGCGGUGGAGGAACAGGAUGGCAAGGAGACGGCGGAAUCGGACGUGCCGGUGCAAACCCUGCAAGUGGAGGUGAAGGAGGAGAAGGAGGAGGCGAAGCCUGAGCCGGCGGUCCAAAAAGAGAAGCCAGACCCAAGAUUCCAGAUGCCACCCCUGAUUUAG